AUGUUAUAUUUAGAAGAACGACAUAUUAUCCAUCAAAAUUUAGCAGCAAGAAAUUGUUUAAUUGACGAAGAUGAUAUACUUAAAGUUGCUGAUGUUGGUGUACCUCAUUUAACUGAAAUUGGUUCAUGUGAAAGUACAUACCAUCCGACAUAUGCACUACAUUGGACAGCACCUGAAGUUUUAUUUUUAUCACAAUAUUCUUCUCGUUCAGAUGUUUGGAGUUAUGGUAUAACUCUUUGGGAAAUUUAUUCAUUAGGUGAACGACCAUUUGGUAAUAUGACUAAUGAUGCUUUACAAAUUGUUUUAAAAAAUCCAUCGGAAAUUCUUAGUCGAUAUCUUCCAAAACCAUGUCAUUGUGGUUCAGAUGAAACAUAUACACAUAUUAUUCUUCCUUGUUUAACAAAUAGCGUUACAAUGCGACCACGUUUUCGUGAUUUAAAACAACGUAUUUUACAUAUUCUUGUGAACGAAAUAUAA